AUGUCAUGUUAUACCAGAAUUCUGGCCUUAUACCUAGCCUGGCCUGAAUUUAUAGGAGAGAAGAUCCAGAUCGACAAAAUGAACUUCAAGGUAGCCCUCAUCUGUCUCGCUCUCUGCUACGUGGCCUACGCCGAGAAACGACAAUCAUGGCCCGAUUUGAAAGGACUCCUUAUAAAGCGCUAUUUCCGCGAUGUUCAACAGCGCUCCUCAAUGAAUUUUGAAAACAGAUGGGUCUUGAGAUCCGCUCUGAACUUCGCAAGUGAUGGAGAAGUAGUUAGAGAAGUAGCCAGUGCAAGAGAACAAGAUAUGGAGAUAUAUGGGAAAAGAAAGGGACACGAACAACUAGACGAGCAGCAGAGUUAA